GCCGCGAUGCUCGUCCCUGCAGGCGCCCAUCAUGCUGCUCUCGGGCCACGAGGGGGAGGUUUAUUGCUGCAAGUUCCACCCCAACGGCAACACGCUCGCCUCGGCCGGCUUCGACAGGCUCAUCCUGCUGUGGAACGUCUAUGGGGACUGUGAUAAUUACGCCACCCUGAAGGGACACAGCGGAGCGGUUAUGGAGCUGCACUAUAACACAGAUGGCAGCAUGCUCUUCUCGGCCUCCACAGAUAAAACCGUGGCUGUGUGGGAUAGCGAGACGGGCGAGAGAGUGAAAAGACUGAAGGGCCACACGUCGUUCGUUAACUCCUGUUACCCGGCGAGACGAGGACCGCAGCUUGUCUGCACAGGCAGCGAUGAUGGGACAGUAAAGUUGUGGGAUAUCAGGAAAAAAGCUGCUGUCCAAACAUUUCAGAACACUUACCAGGUCUUGGCUGUGACUUUCAAUGACACCAGUGACCAAAUCAUAUCAGGGGGCAUUGACAAUGAUAUUAAGGUAUGGGACCUGCGCCAGAACAAGCUCACCUACACCAUGAGAGGACACGCAGACUCUGUGACAGGCCUCAGUCUGAGCUCAGAAGGCUCCUACCUGCUCUCUAACGCCAUGGACAACACAGUUCGUAUCUGGGAUGUGCGACCAUUUGCCCCUAAAGAGAGAUGUGUAAAGAUAUUCCAGGGCAACGUGCAUAAUUUUGAAAAGAAUCUUCUGAGAUGUUCUUGGUCCCCAGAUGGAAGCAAAAUAGCAGGAGGAUCAGCAGACAGGUUUGUCUAUGUGUGGGACACCACAUCCAGGAGGAUUCUGUACAAGCUGCCAGGCCAUGCCGGCUCUGUGAAUGAGCUGGCUUUCCACCCGGAGGAACCCAUUAUCCUCUCUGCCUCCAGCGACAAAAGACUGUAUAUGGGGGAGAUCCAGUGAAGCUGACAAGAAGAUGGGUGGAUUUAUCCCCUCAAAACCUUGGCUUUACAGAAGCAGGAUUAACUUGCUUCUAACUGAUGCUAGUCCCUUAUCACUUUUGUGGUAGUGGGAAAAAGUUGAAGCAGCUUGAUUAAACGAGGAGUGUUUUUUGCAGGCAGUAACGUUCCCACCUCCUUGGCCCUCCUUGCUUUUUUU